AUUGAUGGAGAAUCCUAUUUAGGAAAACACCCGUGGAUGAAGAAAGCAUGAGGCAAAGAGGAAUUUUUGCACAGAUGUUUCUGAGUGUGACAGGCCCAGUAACACCGGGACCCACUCCAGGAGGGCUCCUGGGGCACUGCAGACUCCUUGGCAUGAGAGGGCAGUCCUGAUUCAGCCCUGAGCAUCCGAGCUGGCUGUGGUUGAGGAUUAUAAGAGCUGUUUUGAUCAGGGGAAAAUUUCUGUUUUUAGCACAGGCAGCAAUUAAAAUAGCUCGCGGAUCUCAACGCCUCGGGGAGCUGUCAUAAAAGGAGGCAGAAAAUCCAUCCUGUGGACUCUUCUGCAGCCAGAGAUGAGCCUGGAUGGAGCAGGAGAGAAGAGAGCCUGAGGUUCACCUGGUGAAAAAGGACAACCCAAGACCUCGAGCCAGAUUCACUGCUUUGAUCCCAAGAUGGCUGUGGAGGAUCUCCGGGCUUCCAGCACCCCUUUCUCACUCUCCUUUUCGGGCAGCGGCUUCCUGGCCCUGUACCAGGUUGGGGUGGUGCAGUCCCUGCUGGAGUUGGCUCCCGAGCUCCUCAAGUCUGCCCGCAAGGUCUACGGCUCCUCGGCUGGGUCGCUCAUCGCUGCUGCCGUCGUGUGCGGCGUCGGCCUAGAUGACCUAAAGGAGUUUUUCUUUGCACUGGCAACGGAAGUCAGGAAAACCAUCCUGGGCCCCCUCUCUCCCAAGUGCAGCCUGCUGGCCAAUCUCAAGGCUGUCCUGCAGCGGAUGCUGCCGGAGGAUUCCUACCUGCUGGCCUCGGGCCGGCUGCACAUCUCGCUGACGCGGGUGGUGGACGGCCAGAACGUCAUGGCCUCAGAGUUCAGCUCCAAGGAGGAGCUCAUUCAGGCUCUCCUUUGCAGCUGCUUUCUUCCUAUUUACUGUGGAUUCAUCCCUCCAUCCUACCGAGGAGUGCGCUACGUGGACGGAGGCUUCACGGGCCUGCAGCCCGUGUCCAGCCUGGAGGAGCCCGUGAUCACCGUGUCCCCAUUCACCGGCGAGCUGGACAUCUGCCCCCGCGACUGCCCCGCCAUCUUCUUCUGCUUCCAGAUCUUCAAUGGCAGCAUCCAGAUCUCCAUAGAGAACCUGUGCAGGAUCAGCUACGCUCUCUUUCCACCCAGCACCAUGGUCUUGAACGACAUUUUCUCCCAGGGGUACCAGGACACUGCCCUUUUCCUGUACAGGAACAAUGCCUUUGGCUUUAACUACUUUGAUGGCAAUUUCCGCUUCGGCAGCACCUGUGGGAAGAACGACUCUGGACAAUCCAAUGGGACAUACCCCGGCCUGUACAAAAGGGUCCCUCAGUGCCUGACCCCUUACUUCCUGCCAGGCUUGUGGAAGAAGGAGCAGGUGCAUGGACUGCAGGACCCACUGGCGAUGGUCCUGCUGCAGCCCUACAGGCUUCCAGCCUUAUUCAGGAAGGGGGUGAAGACAGUGUGGGGGCUGCUGGAAGGUGUCAGCUCCCUGGUACAACGACUCCACAGACUGCUCCAAACCCUGGUGCCUGGUUUGCCCAAGAGAGUCAUGGACAGGAGGUAACAAGGAUCAUCCUGGCGGGGCCCUGGGGGUCUCCAGCGCUGCCUCGGGAUGUGGUGGGCAACACCAGCACACACCAGCACGGCUGCUGGUUCUCGAGGCAAUUUCUGGGGAGUGUUUUUUCCUUCAGAACCUGUCUGGUUCUGUCUCCAGUGCUGCCACUGCAGUGCCCGUGCUCAGGCCUGACCUGCUUUUCCAUGAUGGCCGAGGCAAAGCUUCGGUGCUGCUCCUGGGACCCACUCCAGGCUGCAGGGACCACUGGGCAGCUUCACCUGCAGACCUCACAGCCCAGACCUUUCCCUGCCCACUCCACCUCCCCCCCACCAGCAGCAUCCCUUCCCUGCUUUAAUGCAGAUUACAGGGUGGGCAUUUGCCGGGAAAUGCCAUGUUUUAGUGUUUUCCUCCCACUCAAAAACUUUCAGAGAGACUUCUCAGAGAGAGAGAGAGAGAGAGAGACAGAGGGAGAGAGGGAGAAGCUUUAGGGAGCAUAACACUGGGCAGGAACUAAUUUUUCUACACUUCCCUGAAGUUUUUUUACCAAUUACCAAUUCUUGAGCUUCACAUCUCCCCAUAGCCCUGCUUCUCCUGUCUGUGGAGGUGGGAGUGCAUUUGGAUCCCCCUGGAACAUGCAGUUGUGCAGAAGGAUGGAGAAACAUAAAGAUUAACUUCCCCCUACUUCCGAGUCCUGCAGGCUGCAUGUCCGGACAUUUCAAAAGGAAAUGAGUUCUUUGCCUGCAAUUGUCUGUAACUCACGGCCACACACAGAGCAUGGCCCAGGCAAACACACCCUGUGCCACUGGUCCACACACAGAAUUAAUUGGCAGCACUCUUAAUUAUCCCAAAUCCAUGCUGCACAUCAGAGGCUGUGGAUUGGCUUUGCCCCCGCUGAGUCUCCUGCUUUUGUUGGUUCCAGACAGGCAACAAAUGGAUCCCAACAGCAGCAGCUGUUUAUCGGAGCAUAUAUAUAUAUAUAGCCUGUUUAAUUGCACAAAGGGAAGGGGAACAGAGGGAAGUUUCAUCCAAAGGGCCCUGGAGACUGCAGGAAUGAAUGUGGGGAGUAGCUGAAGGCAGCUUUGAUGUAACCAGACUCAAAGUUAACUAUGAGUGCUCUGUGAAAGAUCAAUAUCCUGUGUUCUGCUGUCUUUGGUUGAAAUCAGUGACCUGGGAAUAUUUUCUCUGGAAUGAUUUUGCUAAAAGAAACCGGGAUGCUUAUUUCAUAGAAUCAUGGAACAGUUUGGGUUAAAAGAGAGCUUAAAGAUAACCCAGUUCCACUGCUGCCAUGGCAGGGACACCUUCCACUGUCCCAGGGUGCUCCAAGCCCCAUCCAGCCUGGCCUUGGACACUUCCAGG